CGCGACCACCGCGACUUUGAGUGCGAUCGGACCGCGAUUAAAAAAUAUAGUGAAAAUUAUUAUAUAUUGUGUUGUAAAUCAGUGAAAAGCAUUUUAAGUCUAGCAAUUUAAUGACCAAAAAGUAGUUGCAGUUAUGGAGAACAAUUCCGAGCAGGCUAAUACAAAUCCGGUGACAAUGCUUCCGCCGCCUCCUCCGCCACCGGGAAUGCUACUGGGGGGUCCAAAUUGGCCUGCUGGCCAGGAACAUCCAUCUUUAAUUGGACCGCCCUCCGGAAUAGCACCACUGAUGGCAACUCCUGUGGGUCCACCGUCACUAAUGGGAGCCCCACCGGGUGUCCCUGGAACGAUAAUGGGUGCACCGCCUGGAGUAGGCAACCCUCCAUUGAUGGUAACACCAGGAAAUACGUCUCAAAUGGGUCCACCUGGAACCCAUCCGCUACCGGUGGAGGGAAAUUCGAAUGAUCCUAGCAAGAAUCCGCCAGCUUUGAUGUCACUAAACUUAGAUAAUCCAGAACAAGAAGCUCCGAAAAAACCUUCUGAAUUGGUUCUCCCGAAAGCGUUGGAAGAUGUUUUAGCCCUUAAAACUCUUCGUGCUAAAGAGUUGGGUGCAGAGGAAGCGUUGGCAGCUGCCGGAGCGGUUGUGCCAGUCACAUCCAUGCCUCCUCCUCCUCCAGCUGGAAUGAUGAGUUCAUAUCUUGAUAUGGAAGGCGAUUCCGACGAUGAUAACAUUGAAGGAACAGUACCCCAUUCAUCGACCAUAUCCAAAGCUGAAGGACGCGUCGACCGUAACCGAAGGCGAAAGCAGCGGAAGAAAGAUAAUCGUAAGGCUCGACGGGAACAACAUGCUCUUGUACUGCAACAACGAGAAAAAGAAAAGGAAUUGCCAUUGAAAGCACCUGUGCAAAAUGGUACAAGUGAUAAAAGCAAGGAGGAAGAAAAGGAAACUGAAAAGGUAGCUGAAGAAAAAGAACAGGUCGAAGAAAAGGAACCAGAAAAAGACACAAAAGAAGAUACUGACAAAGGAAAAGAUAGUGAGAAAGACAAACAACGGGCUAAAGCUAAAGACAAGAAAAAAGAAAAGGAGAAAAAGAAAGACAAGGCCAAGGAAAGUACUCUGAUCGAGGACGAACUUGAUAAGAUAGAGAUCGAAUACAUCCCGGAAAAGUUAACGAUCGCAGACCUGGCUCCAAUGUACCGUCAGUUCUACCGUGUGUUCGAAAUAUUCAAGCUUGAAACAAAACCGAAGGAAACGGCUAAAGCAGAGGCAGCAGAAAACGGCGAAAAGGCAGCAGCCUCCAAGAAACCAACCGAGAAGGACGAAGAUGAAGACGACGACGAUGAUGCGAUGGACGUGGACGACAAAGACGAGAAGGAGAGAAUUUCUAAGCGAAAAAUGAAAAAGUUAACGCGCUUAAGCGUGGCUGAGUUGAAACAACUGGUAGCUCGACCUGAUGUAGUUGAAAUGCACGAUGUAACGGCUCGAGAUCCGAAGCUGCUGAUUCAGUUGAAGUCGCAUCGCAACACGGUGCAAGUGCCCCGCCACUGGUGUUUCAAGCGGAAAUAUCUGCAAGGAAAGCGAGGUAUCGAAAAACCGCCUUUCGAGCUGCCAGCCUUCAUCAAGAAAACGGGCAUUAUGGAAAUGCGAGCUUCACUGCAAGAAAAGGACGAAGCCAAAACACUGAAGGCCAAAAUGAGGGAACGUGCCAGACCCAAAAUGGGAAAAAUUGACAUCGACUACCAGAAGCUGCACGAUGCCUUUUUCAAAUGGCAAACUAAACCUCGCAUGACGAUCCACGGGGAUUUGUACUACGAGGGUAAAGAAUUCGAAACCAGGUUAAAAGAAAAGAAGCCUGGUGAUUUAUCCGAAGAACUACGAGUCGCAUUAGGAAUGCCAAUAGGGCCUGCUUGUCACAAGAUUCCGCCGCCGUGGUUAAUCGCUCAGCAACGCUACGGGCCACCACCCAGCUAUCCUAACUUAAGGAUUCCCGGUUUAAACGCACCGAUUCCGGAAGGUUGUUCUUUCGGUUAUCACGCCGGUGGUUGGGGUAAGCCACCGGUCGAUGAAAAUGGUAAACCACUGUACGGUGAUGUAUUCGGCAUGAGUGCCAGUGAGCAUGAUAAUGGGCUAGGCGAGGAGGAAAUCGACCGAACACAAUGGGGUGAACUGGAAUCUGAAUCGGAAGAAUCAUCCGAGGAAGAGGAAGAAGAUGGCGAAGACUUAACUGCACCACCCGAUGAAAGCGGACUUAUUACGCCGGCUGAAGGUUUGGUAACUCCGUCAGGUUUAACAAGUGGCGUACCGGCCGGAAUGGAAACUCCAGACACAAUUGAACUACGCAAGAAGAAAAUUGAAAGUGAAAUGGAGGACAACGAGACUCCAGUUCUUUAUCAGAUUAUACAGGAGAGACGUAAAGAGCUCAUCGGAAACGCGAUGAUGGGAUCUACGCAUGUGUAUGAUCUGGCCGGAGCGACUGUUGCCGGUGCCGCCGGUGGAGGAGUCCGCGGUGGUCGCGCCGGAGCAAUCGAUCGCGAAGGUAUGGUUGAAUUGGCACUGGAUCCUUCGGAAUUGGACAUGGAUAAUGAAGCGAUGGCGCAACGGUACGAACAACAGAUGAGAGAGCAACAAAGCCAUCUCCAAAAGGAAGAUCUUUCCGAUAUGUUGGCGGAGCACGUGGCAAGACAGAAAUCUAAACGUAAACGUCAACAGACGGACACUACUAGUAAGCAACAAAAGAAGUAUAAAGAGUUUAAAUUCUAAGCCUUCAAACGCUGGUUAUUAUUAUUUGCAAAUGCUAUCAUAUAUGUAUCUUUAAUAUAGGAAAGUUUCCUAAUAAAUACCGGAAUAUUAUGC